CGCAUCGUCUUCAGUAGCACCAGCAGCUGCAGUGACUUAGUCGUGGCUUUCCUGCCCGGCCCUGUCGUGGACCUGGCGCCCUUCCUGCUCGAUCACCGAACCAAAGCCCGCUGAGGUAGCUCCGUCACCACUAGCACUGGUGGUUCGAAGCUGGAGAGCCCAAAACACGACCUUCACCACCGCCCAGCUCUCUUUUCCUUUCUCUCUCACCCCUUCCACUCAUUCUUCAUCGCAAACACGCCCUCCACGACGUUCAAUUCCGAUUCUUUUCUUUUCUUCUGCAUUGACUUUGCUGCAUUGCUACCCUGCUCGGCUGAGUGGGUCAACAACUCACCACCAUGGCGACGACCGACGGUCGCGAGGGCGAGCUCAAGACUCAGGGCCUAGUGGAGGCGUCGCAGGAUCCCGAUUCCAAUGUCACCUCCCAAGAUGUGGAGAAGAAGAUUCUGGAGGAGUCGAAGAAGGCAGGCGUGCCCGCAUUUCACUUCAACCCCGACGCUUCGGCCGAGGACAAGAGGGCUCAGCUUCGUGAGGCUACGGCCAACAUUAGGCCACACAGAGAGCACAAGGCUGCGACACUGGUAUCUGACGUCGAUGACGGCCAGCCGUCUGCCUACUCAAAUGAUCUCCCUCCACCUUCGAAAGCCGGCGCGAUCAGUCCUGUCGAAGUUGCCAAGCAAGACAACGCCGCGAAUGGAGAUUCCAUAGGUCCAGGCGGUUUCGACUAUAGCCGCGUAGGUUGGGCGCCUCGCUUCGGCCUUCCCGUCCCAGAAGGCGUUGAUAUGGACACGUUGAUGACAGACCAGUCAACAUGGCUGGAAGAGCGAUUGCAGGACAAAUUCUUUGGUGAUUGGUACCACAAUACUGCUGUGAUUUUCUUCUGCGCCUUUUCGUCUUACACGGUUGCCAUUCUGGGCGGUGGCUUGGGAUGGCUGUUUAUCAUCCUCGCGGUGUGCGCUACCUACUAUCGCACUUCGAUUCGUAGAGUGCGUCGUAGACACCGCGAUGACAUCAACCGCGCCAUGCAAAAGGCCCGUCUGGAGACCGACACGGAGUCGCUCGAGUGGAUGAACAGCUUUUUGGUGAAGUUUUGGCCUAUUAUCCAGCCGAUGAUUGGAGAGACCAUCAUCACGACUGUGGAUCACGUCUUGUCGGAGAACAAGCCACCGUUCCUCGAGGAUCUCAAGUUACGAGACUUCACGCUCGGCACUAAACCGCCGCGCAUGGAACACGUCAAGACGUACCCGAAAACGGAGGAAGACGUUGUGCUCCAAGAUUGGAAAUUCAGCUUCACACCCAAUGACACGGCAGAUAUGACGGCCCGCCAAUUAAAGGUUAAGAUCAACCCGAAGAUUGUCCUCGAGGUUCGUAUUGGCAAGGGUAUGGUCAGUAAAGGCUUAGACGUUAUUGUGCAAGACAUGGAAUGCACUGGUAUUAUGCGGGUCAAGAUCAAGCUACAGCUCGGCUACCCGUUCGUCGAUCGUGUCGAGGUUUGUUUCUUGGAGAGGCCGCAUUUCGACUACGUCUGCAAACCACUGGGCGGUGAUACAUUCGGUUUUGAUAUCAACUUCAUUCCAGGUUUGGAAAGCUUCAUCCAGGAGCAGAUUCACGCCACUCUUGGACCCAUGAUGUACAACCCGCACGUGUUCCCGAUUGAAGUCGCGAAGAUGUUGGCUGGCAGCCCGGUCGAUCAGGCUAUCGGUGUCCUCCAAAUCCAUUUCCACGGUGCCCAGGGCCUAAGAAACCCCGACCCGCUUGCUGGUACGCCUGAUCCUUAUGCAACCGUUCAAAUUUCCGGCCGACAGGAGCUCGCCAGGACAAAGACCAUUUCGGGCAACGCCAACCCACGAUGGAACGAGACCGUCAACGUUGUGAUUUCUUCGCUCAAGGAUGACCUCAACCUCAAAGUUUUCGACUACAACGAAUUCCGCAAGGACAAGGAGCUUGGUGAAGCUAUCUUCCCCUUGGACAAGUUCGAGACGGAGAGCGAGUAUGAGAACGAAGCUCUUCCUCUCAUGGUCAGUGGCCGCGCACGGGGGCAAAUUCAGGUUGAUCUCCGCUUCUUCCCUGUCUUGGAAGGCACCAAAACUGCGGACGGCAAGCAGGAGCCCCCGCCAGAGUCUCUCACUGGCAUCUGCAAGUUUACGGUUGAGCAGGCAAAGGAGCUGGAUGCAUCAAAGAGCACUAUUGGCCAACUCAAUCCAUACGCCGUACUUCUGCUUAACGGCAAAGAAGUUCACAUUUCAAAGAAGCUCAAACGCACAAACAAUCCUAUUUGGUCGGAUGCUUCCAAGGAGAUGCUCAUCACGAAUCGCAAGACUGCUAAACUGGGCCUGGUCAUCAAGGAUGAUAGAGAACUUGCCACCGAUCCCGUGAUUGGCACAUACCAAAUCAAACUGGAUGAUUUACUUGAUCUGACGUCAAAAGGAUCCGAUUGGUUCCGUUUAGCUGGUGUUAAGACUGGUAGAGUCAAACUGUCCGUUCAGUGGCGACCGGUUGCCCUACGCGGCGCCAUUGCUGGCUCUGGCUACGUUGAUCCCAUUGGUGUUAUGCGUCUGUACUUUAAAAACGCGAGGGAUCUUCGAAACGUUGAGACGGUUGGUAAAUCAGACCCAUAUGCACGCGUGCUCCUUUCCGGUGUUCCAAAGGGCAGAACUGUCACCUGGAAGAACAAUCUCAACCCGGAUUGGGACGAAGUCAUUUAUGUUCCUGUGCAUUCCGAGCGCGAAAAACUCACAGUGGAGGUCAUGGAUGAGGAGAACGUGGGCAAAGACCGCUCUCUCGGCCAAUUUGACAUUCCCCUAACGGAGUACAUCUCGAAGGACGCCGAUGGCAUGUACGAAGUCAACCACACUAAUGAGAACAUAGCUCAACCGCUCCUUUCUGGAACCGGUCGCUUCGUCAAGGGCACCGUCAACUUCACCUGCUCAUUCUUCCCGACGAUCCCCACUAUCAAUCCAGAAGAGGAAGAGGCCGAACAGAAGGAGCAGUCAUCUAUCAACGGCGAUGUUGCACCUCUCACGCCCAGCAAGGCAAGCUUCGAAUCUGCACGCAAGAGUAUUGAAAACACUCCUGGCAAGAUAAGUGGCUUGAGUGUCCGAGACAGAAGCGACACCAGUGCAACCGUAGCUUCCGAAAAUACAACCAAUUCAAAGGCUCCAUCCGACCUCGCGAAGAAGCUGACAGAUGGCGAGGCGGAACAGAGCGAGACAGCCAGCGUGAAACAAGUCGUCCCGAAGUUGAGGUUGACCGAGGAGAAUUUAUUGGAAUACGAAUCUGGAUUGCUUAUUUUCAAGCUUAUCUCGGCUGAGCUCUCUCGAACCAAUGUUCAUUUGGAAGUGCUUAUGGACGACUAUGUCUUCCCAGCCUACUCCAGCCAUAAGGUCAAGACCAAACACUACGAGUUCAACGAGGUUGGUGAUGCCAUUGUUCGCGAGCUUGAUCAGUCCAGAAUCACCCUCCGCCUGAUUGAGGACGUAGAUAAAGAGGGCAAGGGUGACACUCAAGUUAUCGCUAAACUCACUGGGCCGACAAUCAGUACUCUUCAACGGUGCCUGUACAAGCCAACUCAACUUACCCUUCGGGACAACCAUGGUCAGGAAAGCAAAGUUACUGUGAGCCUGAGAUACUUGCCCAUCAAGAUGCAGCUCGACCCAAGUGAGAGCUUUAACAACAUGGGCAAACUCCGUGUUGACGUCAUGGACGCUGCGGACUUGCCAGCAGCAGAUCGCAAUGGCUACAGCGAUCCAUUCUGCAAGUUCUACCUCAACGGCAAGGAUGUGUACAAAACCGAUAAGCAGAAGAAGACUCUGCAUCCUGCUUGGAACGAGACGUUUGAGGUUCAGAUCCGAUCUAGGACUUCUGCUAAAUUCGAAUGUCAUGUAUUUGAUUGGGACUUCGGGGAUAAGGCAGAUUUUCUGGGCAAGACCACGGUUCCGUUGGACAUUCUUGAACCUUUCAAGCAGCAAGAAGUGUCGCUUGGCUUGGAUGGGAAGUCCGGAACAGUCAGAUUGCGACUUCUGUUUACGCCAGACUUCGUCCAGCGAACAAGACAGGGCUCCUCGACCUUCCAUGGUACAUUCGCUGCGCCAGGCAAGGUUGUUGGUGCUCCUGUCAAAGGCGUUGGUAAGGGUGUCAUGGCUAUUGGUGGCGGCGUUGUCAAGACUGGCUCAUUCAUCGGCAAAACCUUCAGGAGAAAGAGCUAUCAUGAGAAGGAGCUGCCAAAUGUUUCCCGAAGCGGCACGGCCACACCAAAUGGCGAGCUCAAUGACACGCCAGUGAUCUCUGUUGAGAGCCCAGAUGCUACGGCUUCACCAAGCACUCCAGUCUCUGGACACAAGCGCGAUAGGAGCAUGGGUGCCUCGUCUGUACACAGUCUCGCCGGAGGUGCUCCUAGCGCUGAAACUGGCACUGCGAGCUUAAGUAUCUUGUCUGCUAGUGGCUUCCCAUCUUCAGCUAAAGUUCGUGUCGAGAUUAAGCAGGAACGUCCUGGAGGUUCAAGCAAGGAGGUUCACAAAACCAAGGCUGUGAAAGCUGAGGACGGUUCCGUCAGUUGGGGUGAGGGCGAGAGCUUUAAGGUCCAAUGUGCAGCAGAUACGCCUUUCCAUAUCGAGGUCGUCGACCACAGCACCUUCGGUCGCGAUGAAGAAUUGGGUAAAGCCACGUUUUUCAUCUCCGACCAAGGCUCGGGCAGUGAACAGACCAUCACUGUCGGCGAAGGCAAGGUGGUGAUCCGCAGCAGCUUCCAGGCUGCCGACGCUCAGAGCACAGCAAACAGCCCACGGAACACACUUAGGAAGAGCAUGUUUGGAACCAAGAGAGACACCCGGGAUCAGAGGGAGAGAAGCACUACUCCCGCAUAAAAGCUUGAACGCAACACGGAAUGCGUUUUGGUCUUAGAACUUUUGUUUGGCUAAUGUGUUCCUUUCCUUCACUUUCGCAGAACGGCUUUGGAGAUGGACGUCUCAUCGUGGCCCAAACCGCCCCCGACGUCGUCUUUUGAACUGACCCAGAACGAUGGACGCUUGACACCUUCACCUCCGCCACCAACAACGCAUAAACGCAGCCUCAGGACAUCGCAUUGGUGUUAUCACUAAAGAGCUGCUUACAUUCGUCCUUUCUAUUUCUACCCCGAUCGAGAUACCAUUUCACUUUUCACUUUUCUUAUGCUUUCUUUAGGUUCCUAUGACACUUGGGGUGGUGGAUACAUAAAAUUGGUAGGAACAGGCUUUAGGGAAUACUCUUAUUUUUAUUUUGUGGCAUGGAAUCCUAGGCACGGGACUGUGUAUAUAACUAAAAUGAGCGAGUGCGUAAAUAGUCUUUCUUCAGAUGAAUGUGCCUAUGUUGUCAAUGGUUGCGAAACUUGAUCAAGCCCAACCGCCAACUUAGAAAGUCACCCACGAGGUAUUAAAUAGGUAAAGACUAUCGUUGACU